UCUUCUCUGCGGUUAAUGUUCAACCACACGCAGACUUACCUGAGAACGACGAGAGAUUUCACUGGUGCGCAGUUGUUGUUCAAGGACCGGUGAAGGAGAAGGGAGGAGGAGGGGGAGGAGGAAGAAGAAGAAGAGCUCGUAAGUCAUGCCGAAGAGAACGACGCAUACAUACUCCAGCGAAGACGCCGCACCAGAUGGACCAGACUCUGAUCUCUUCGUUUACUAUUGCAAGCACUGUGGAUCGCACGUCUUAAUCACUGAUACUCAAUUGCAGAAAAUGCCAAAAAGGAAGACGGACAAGGCUUUUGCGUUGGACAAGAAGAAGCAUCUUGCAAGGUUAAAUAUCAAUGAGGCGGGAAAAGUUCUACUAAAAAGGGGUGAAGGGAAACUUGAAAGGCAAUUCCGUAUGAACUGUAUAGGUUGUGGACUCUUCGUGUGCUAUCGCUCCGAGGAAGAAUUGGAAUUUGCUUCUUUCAUUUAUGUUGUUGAUGGUGCACUUAGUACAGUUGCUGCUGAAACCAAUCCACAGGAUGCUCCCGUGCCUCCCUGUAUAUCUCAACUUGAAGGAGGACUGGUCCAAGUGGCCAUAGAAGUUGAAGAUCGAGCACAGCGCUCAGCAAUUACAAGAGUAAAUGCUGAUGAUGUACGUGUUGCUGUUGCUGCACCUCAAGCGCGUGGAGAAGCCAACAAUGAGCUUUUGGAGUUCAUGGGAAAAGUAUUGGGACUGAGGCUUAGCCAAAUGACUCUUCAACGAGGAUGGAAUAACAAAUCAAAGCUUCUUGUGGUUGAGGAUUUGUCAGCUAGGCAGGUGUAUGAAAAACUUCUGGAGGCAGUGCAGCCUUGACCUCGACUCUGCUUAAUAGCUGUUGUCUCAUUGUAGUGAUAACAAUGUUAGUUUUUGUAUUAUUUAAAAAAUCUGUUGUAGGAGAUUUCGUACCUGAUAUUGGUUUUACUU